AUGUCAAGAAUCCCAUUGACAGUAACCGAUCCCGAAAACGAGAUUGAAGAAUCAAAUGCGAUUGAGUUGAGCCAAAUUGAUACCUUACCCUCAACUGCUGCUGAGUUGGGUCAAGCCACUGCUGAGGACCAACUAGUUCAAAAAUUGAUUCAAGGGAUCAAACACGGCCAACUGGUGGAAUCCAAGUAUCGUUUUGGAUUAGAGCAGAACGAGUUCUCUCUGCAAAAAGGAUGCUUGAUACGGGGAAUUCGAGUGUACGUGCCUGCUAGUCUUCGGAAACGUGUUCUGGAAGAAUUACAUUCUACUCAUUUCGGGGCAACCCGCACUAAGUCACUAGCACGAGGAUACUGCUGGUGGCCGGGGUUAGACCGAGAUAUAGAGGAAAUUGUUGCAAACUGCACCGACUGUCAGUCGGUACGUGCUGAACCUGCUAAAAUGAACUUGCAUUCCUUGGAAACACCUAGUAAACCGUUUCAAAGAGUUCAUGUCGACUUUGCUGGUCCAUUCAUGGCUACUUAUUUCUUCAUUUACGUCGACGCGUUCAAUAAAUGGCCGGAAGUUCAAACAUGCCGAUCCAUUACAGCUGAAAACACCGUCAAUAUGUGUCGUGAGAUCUUCAGUAAAUUCGGUAUUCCGUCAGUGCUGCGAUUCCUCAAGAUGAAUGGUAUAGUACACAAAAUGGGUGCACCAUACCAUCCGGCCAUGAACGGCCAAGCCGAGCUUUACGUUCAAACCAUCAAGCAGAAGUUGAAGACAUUAAAGUGCUCUAGGUCUCAACUAAACUUGGAACUGUGUAACAUUCUUCUUACAUACCGAAAAAUGAUUCAUCCAUCAACGGGAAAAUCACCGUCAAUGCUCGUGUUCGGUCGACAGAUUCGAUCGAGACUCGACUUAUUACUACCGAAGGAUGAAACUUCAAGGAAAGUUGACAUUCCUGUGCGUCAGUUCUGCGAUGGUGAUAGAGUUCGUGUACGUGAUUUCUUAUCAAAUAGCAAGUGGAAAUUUGAUAAGAUUGCUGAAAAAGUCGGGAAGCUCCGAUAUGCUGUUCGUUUGGAUGAUGGACGAAUCUGGGAGCGUCAUAUUGAUAACAUAGUAGGUGUGGGCGCUAAUCUACAAGGAGAUUCGGUGAACACUCCAGAUGCGGAGGAGUUCAUUGAACGCUACAAGCCAACUGCUUCUGCUGCGGUUGUUCCGGUGACUGCGUGCUCAAACGAGACUACUGGUACGACACCGGUGGUUGCUUGCGAUGAUACUGCAGAAACGAAUGAUGCUCCAUGUCCGGAGCGUUCUUCCACUACGGAGAUCAGACGAUCUACAGCGAUAGAGAAAUUGCCGUUACCUCGGCGGUCCGGUCGUAUGAUUAAACCUCCCCAGAGAUUGAAUUUGUAA